AUGGAAGACCUCGGCACAUAUGAUCUGUUUAAUGCAUGCCCUGGAAAUCCCUGGUUGCCCUUGCGCCCACCUGAUGACCAGCAUUCGGGGCACAUGUCGGGCGGUCCACAGCGUCCGCCGAUCGAAAUACCACAGCGCUGGUUCAACAAGCGCUCCGUAGACCUGCAACCGUCAUCAAGACCCUUCACGAGUCAAACAACACUCAUGCCGGGUCGAGAGGACGAGAUCUCUCGAGAUGCCCUUGCUGGUAGUUUGCGAAAACAACUUCCCGAUGUUACGCUUCCAUCCACGGGCUUUCUCAAUCGCUGUAUUCGCAUGUUCUGCACUCAGCUUUGGCACAUCAUCCCCAUUGUACAUCUGCCAACGUUUCGUCCUGCUCAAACCAACCCACUGCUCUUGCUUUCCAUUUGCUCGCUUAGCGCUUUAGCUGAAGGGUCGCCAGAUGCGCUGUACCACGCGGAACGACUGUUGACCGCGAUCAACAAAGCUAUUCUCAUAUCAUCGCAGCCAAGCGAAGUAGUAUCGAUCGAGCAGACUCUACCGAUACUGCAGGCGGCGGCCAUUGGGCAGACAUAUGCACUGCUUUCUGGAAAGACCACGGACUUGAUGCUCUCUCAGCUUUACCAUGGCCCGCUUGGGUUUGGCGUUCUGGCAUCGGAGAAACUCAUGCUGCACUCCCGUGCCACGGAGCUGUCGAUGUCCCCGGGUCUCGACCCAGAGCAAGACUGGAGCAAAUGGAUACAAUUGCAGACGGUCAUUCGGCUUCGAAAUGCCAUUCAGAUUCACAAUGGUGAGAUUUCUGCCAUUCUACAUGCGCCAUCCACGUUCAGGAGCGAUUCUUUGAAAUUGCAGACAGCAGCGCCAGAUGCUCUGUAUCUGGCAAAGACGCCGGCUGAAUGGACUGCUGCGUCCUCUCGCAACGUACCCGUGUCUUUGCUAGUACCAUUCUCUUUGUGUGCAGUAAUCGAAGCCUUCAUUGCAGAAGCGGGUCAGGCGCGAGCAACGCCGUUCGCAGAAGUGAGCUUGCAAAUGACUCAAGCACUUCUCGCCAUGCUUUGCACAUGGUUCGACGACUCUAUUCAGCUACUGACAGCUGACAGCGCCAAUAAACUUUCGGUACUGAUGCUGUGUCAUUCAUGCUUCAUACACAUGUUAUGCGACAUGGACCUGUUCGAGAGAGCCUGCGGUAGGGAAGGCGCGCAAGCUGCAAGCACUCAAGACAAGCAAACGGUUAAAGAAUGGGCCAGUACAGCAGAUGCUCGGCGAGCUGCGAGUCACGCACUCUGCAUUCAGCUACUACUAGAACGCUUCCGUCUCUCAGAUGUUCCCGGUAUGCACGUCGCCCGCUCAUCAUGGCACGCGGGCCUUCUCUUGGCGGUUUACUCUUCCUAUGCCCCGGUCACUGCGAAUGCUCAAUCGUGGAAGCUCGAGGACACAUUCUCCGAGUUCAACUCCGUGCGAAAGGCCAAAUGCUACACUGAGCAGGAAUGGACGAGUGCAACCUGUGACAUUACUCCCGAGCGAUGUAGCGCUGCGAGCUUCGCAAUGGCCGCCGUACUCAGACGCUUGGGCCCGUGGCACAACGCUGCGACAUAUGCUGAUACACUAGGACAUGUGAUAGACCUACUGGAGCGAGACUAG